AUGGCGGCGGCCGGCGCGGAAGGGGAGGUGCUGCGGCACGUGAGGCAGUGCCUGGCCGGAUUCGCGGCCGAGACGAGGGAGUUGUGUUUAACAGAGUCUGUGCCGUCCCUCGAUGGCCCUCCCUCUCCCCUGGAAUUUUAUCGGGAAUGGGUGUGCCCAAACAAACCAUGUUUAAUUCGGAAUGUGGUCAACCACUGGCCAGCUCUGAAGAAGUGGACUUUAACUUACCUGAGGGCGGUAAUGAGCUCCAAGCUGGUGAGUGUGGCAGUGACUCCAAAUGGUUAUGCCGAUGCAGUUUGCCUAGACCGGUUUGUUAUGCCGGAGGAACGACGCAUGUCUUUCGGUGCUUUCUUGGAUAUUGUGGAGAAGAAAGUAACUUCCCCAGGGGUGUUCUAUGUGCAGAAACAGUGUUCGAACCUGACUGAGGAAUUCCCUGAACUCAUAGGUGACGUGGAGCCUGACAUAUCCUGGAUGAGCAAGGCCCUUGGAAGAAAGCCUGAUGCUGUGAAUUUCUGGCUAGGAGAAUCUGCUGCAGUGACAUCUUUGCAUAAAGACCAUUAUGAAAACUUGUACUGCGUGAUUUCGGGAGAGAAACAUUUUCUGCUGCACCCACCAAGUGACCGCCCCUUCAUCCCACAUGAGCUGUACCCACCAGCAACGUUCCACAUGUCAGAAGAUGGGUCAUUUGAGGUUGUAGAUGAGAGCUCUGCAGAGAAGACUGAAACCUUUCCCUGCUACUUAUUUUCAGUGAAGGUCAUCCAAGCUCAGAACAUACCCUCAAAAGACCUACUGAGUGCCUCUGACUGUUAUGUGAGUCUUUGGCUGCCAACUUCUUCAAAUAUGCAAGUCCUGACUAAAACAAUCCCAAAUACCAGCAACCCUGUUUGGAAUGAAAGCUUCAAUUUCUUGAUCCAGCCUCAGGUCAAAAACAUGUUAGAGCUGAAGCUCUAUGAUCAAGAUGUGGCCACCAAAGAUGAUCUCCUUUUCACUGUGGUCUAUGAUAUUGCAAAAAUAAGACCAGGGGACACGAUUUAUGAAAACUUCAUUUUGAACUCUGAGAGUCAAGCAAGUCUAGAAGUCAAAUUCAAGGUGAUAAGCAUAACUGGUGAUGUUGAGAGACUUGUUACUAAUAACAUCUUAGUGGCCCGAGAAGUUUCCUGUUUAGAAGUUCAGAUGGACAAAUGGAGGAAUGAGGAGUGUUUGAAAAAACAUAAAAAUAUUGUCCUUUCGGUGACUGAAUCAUUUGAAGAAGCACAGAAGAUUACCCAGGACUCAGAAAUCUUCCACUUCCAUUGUAACGAACAUUUGAUACUGCAGCUCAAAGUUAACAAUUGCCUUGGAGCUUUAGAUGUACGUUUGGGAUGUGAUCUCUGUGGGGCUGAGCAGGAGUUCCUUCAUAAGCGGAAAAACAUGGUUGCCGCUGCUCUUAAAAAGGUUCUUCAGCUGGACCAGGAACUGCAAGGACAUGAGGUCCCAGUACUAGCGGUCAUGGCAACUGGGGGAGGAGUCAGGGCCAUGUCAGCAUUCUAUGGCCACCUCUUUGCUCUUCAGAAACUUAACCUCCUAGACUGUGUUACGUAUAUUACUGGAGCCUCUGGCUCAACAUGGACCAUGAGAAAUUUGUAUGAGGAUGCUAACUGGUCUCAGAAGGAUCUAGUGGGCCUGAUCCAUAAAGCAAGGAAAGGUAUUACCAGAAGCAAGUCAAGUGCAUUCUCCAUGGACGCGCUAAAGCACUAUGACAUGGAGCUGCAGCAGAGGGUUCAAGAGGGCCAUUCAGUUUCUUUUACUGAUCUGUGGUCACUUAUUAUUGACCGCAUGUUCCAUGAUGAGCUGAAUGACAGCAAACUAUCAAAUCAGCAACAGGCUGUGAGUGUAGGACAAAAUCCAUUGCCCAUCUACGUGGCCCUGAAUGUCAAGGAGAAGUCCCAAAGCAGUUUUGAAUUUAAAGAGUGGUGUGAAUUCUCCCCCUAUGAGGUGGGAUUUCCUAAAUAUGGGGGCUUCAUUCCCUCAGAGAAUUUUGGAAGUAAAUUCUUCAUGGGACGGCUGAUGAAGAAAAUACCAGAAUCUAAGAUCUGCUUUUUGGAAGGUAUCUGGACUAAUAUUUUCUCACGGAAUUUGCUGGAUGGUUUGUACUGGUCCUCAUCGCCAGAAGAAUUUUGGGAUCGAUGGGUCAGAGACAUGGCAGAAAAAGAUGAAGAAAAUAACUUAGAAGGUGGAUACACAACUGUCUAUAAGCCUCCCUGUUCUAGCUCUGGGAAUUUCUGUGAAAUCUUUAAUGAUAUUUUAACUGAUCGUCCUUUAAAAGGGGCCAGUUACAACUUCCUGGCAGGUCUGGAAUUUAAUGAUGGUUAUUUGUACCAGGACAAGUUUAUUGAAUGGAAAGAUACUGUGUUUGAUGGCUUCCCACGCAAGCUGACGCCAGUGGAGAAAUCCCUCUGCUUAAUAGAUGUGGGCUAUUUUGUUAACAACAGUGGGCCACCUCUUCUCAAGCCAGAGAGAAAUGUUGAUGUCAUCUUUGCGGUGGAUUAUGAUUAUUACAAUAUCUUUAAGCAAACAGAGAUGAUGGCAAAAUACUGUGAAGUGCAAGGAAUACCUUUCCCUAAAAUUAACCUGACGGAGGAAGACAGGAAGAAUCCCAAGGAGUGCUAUGUGUUCUCAGAUGAAGAUCCCAGAGCUCCAAUAGUGGUUUAUUUUCCACUGGUAAACUGCACCUUCAGAGAAUACAAGGCCCCAGGAGUGAAACGCACGUCUGCAGAAAUGUGUGGAGGUGAAGUAAAAAUAAGCAGGGAUGACUCACCAUAUGCAACAAAUCAUAUAACUUACUCUGCAGAAGAUUUUGACAAGCUGCUAAAUUUAGCUACUUAUAACGUCCUCUGUAGCAAAGAGCUGCUUUUACAGAGCAUUGAGAAUGCAGUUCUGAAGAGGCAAAACGUUUGGCUUGAUAGGUCAGUCUAGAGAAUAAUUGUCUUCUGGUUCGAGAUGAUGCUAAGGAGUUGUUCUUGUGUAAUGCAGUUUUUGAUGACAAUCCUGAGAUGAUGGCUUCCAAAAUGCUUAUUUAUGAAUAUUUUUAUAACCCUCUCACUUUGGGUAUGUGUCCAGUGCAUAAGACAAGGAACUCAGAAUUUUUCAGCAGGUGGUAUGUCGAGGGGGUCAUUGAUGCUCAGCUUUCUGAGACUACU